AUGGCCUGGAUUUGUACUCAAAACGACGAGAGGGAGGAGAAGCAUUUUUUUUCACGACCAGCCGUGGAAAGUUUCGCCGCCAUGGCUGCUGUAAAUCCACAAUCCCCAAACUCCGCGACCUUUGGAUUCAUGAAUCAUUUGUCAUCGGCAGCUUGCGAGUGGCUCCUAAUCCUCCUGCUCCUCAUAAAUUCCUGCUUAUUCCACCUGCUCGCCAGAUUCGCCCGAUACUGCAACCUCACCCUUCCCUGCCUCCUCUGCUCGACUCUCGACACCGCCCUCCUCAAAAGCAAACCCGGCACCACCUACUGGAAUCUCUUGUGCAACGACCACCGGCAAGAGAUAUCCUGCCUGGUCUCGUGCACCGUGCACAGCAGAUUCGCUGAUGUCAGCUCCCUUUGCGAGGAGUGCCUCUCCCCCAUCAUCAACCACAGCAAGCUCACAUCUGACUCGUACAGGCUGCUCGUCGGCAAGUCAUGGCUGGACGUGGAUCGAUCAGUCCUCCAAAGCCUGGUCUCGAAUAAACACAUAAGGUUAGGCUCGCCUGACCAUAGGACGUGUUCUUGUUGCGGGAAGAUGUGGAGAGCUAAAUCGAGCACCGAAAGGCUUCUAGAGCUGAAUCCAGCCAGUUUAGGGGCGUCGAAGGCUAAUGUGAAGCCGCCGUUGCCUCGGGCCCCUGGUCGAAGCCGGUUUAGCCGGCGUGACAGCCUGAAGAGGCUGAGGGAUAAAUUCACGAACCAGAUUGCUUCUGUGGGGUCUGCUGGUGCCGACACGCUGUCCCAUGUGGGGUAUACGAAGCUGAAUAUCUCGUCGGACACGGAGUCGGAGUUCCCGUUCUCGGAGGACGAUGAUGACGGCAGGAGCACGAGCUCAUCCCACGUGGCGGCUGCCGUGGAUGGGAAGGAGGAGGCAUCAGUGGAAUCGGGCAGUGUAGAUUUUCCAGGUGGCGAUGGUUUUGGGGAGGGGAGGAUGGUUAGGGACCUCGGCUGGCGUGAGUCUCAUGAGAAGGGGGCACCAGUGGAUUCGGGUGGUGACGGGAGUGUAGGUUUGCCAGGUGGCGAUGUUGUCGGGCAGGAGAGGAUGGUUGGGGACGUCGGCUGGCGUGAGACUCAUGGAAAGGCGAGCUCUAGUCCUCGCUUGUCGUCGGAUUUGAUAUCGUUGGGGGACUGGCCCCAGGAGUCUGACGUGGCAGGGGUUUCGUUGGGCCCGUCGGCUCUGUCUGUGCUGUCCGAGCUUCUGUCGCUCUGUAAUGUUCCUUCGUCGCCUGGUGCAAUAUCGAGGAAGGAUGAUGAUGCUGAGGGAACUGGUGAAAAUGGUUACACAUUCCUGGAUAAAAAUAUAGAAGCUGCUAUAGCCGCAUCUUUUGACUAUACCCGCCCGUUAGAGUUGUACAAUACUCUACGAACUAAUGUUUCGACUCAAACAAACAAAAUCAUCUCCCCCUCUUCCUCCCCAUCAUCAUCAUCAUCAUUGUCAUCUCCGAAUGAUCCCGACCCAAGCACUAAAAUCAAAGAAGAAAACAACCCCACACCUCCCGGAAUGGGGUCACCGCCCAAACAAACGAGCCCGAGAGCCAACGACAAGCCUAGAACGGAACCAGAAGUUUCCAGAACUUCCAACUCACCUCCAUCUUCAUCCUCGUUAGAAAUAUCUGACCCCAACCAUGAGGUCCCGGGUAUAACUACUGCCGAGGGAGAGGCUGAAAACAUUGUCGAGAGCCUAAGACAGCAGGUGGAGCAUGAUCGGAACCUUCUGAACACUCUCUACAAGGAUUUGGAGGAGGAAAGAAAUGCAUCAGCUAUUGCCGCCAAUGAGGCCAUGGCCAUGAUCACUCGUCUGCAGGAGGAAAAAGCCGCGCUCCACAUGGAGGCGCUGCAGUACUUGCGUAUGAUGGAGGAGCAAGCGGAGUAUGAUAUGGAGGCUUUGGGAAGGGCUAAUGACAUGCUGGCUGAGAAAGAGAAGGAGCUGCAGGAUUUGGAAAUCGAGCUGGAAUUUUACCGGAACAAUUUUCUGGAUGAAUCGGGAGUGCAUAAUUUGCAGAGCGAGAAUAAUCGGGCUCCUGUCAUGCAUUCGGGGGAGAAUGGGGUUCUUGAAGCGAGUAAUGGUUCUUUAUCGAUUUUUGAGGAGGAAAGGGCUUAUAUAUUGCAGAGUUUGACGAAAUUGGAGAAAAACCUGCUUCAGGAAGAAUCUAAUGACUUGCCUAAUGGUUUGGACCUGGUUCGGAAUAAUGAGGGUUUACUGGCUAAGCAUGAAAAGGAUAGCAUGCUUGUGGAGGAUGUUAUUAUUCCCCUAUCGAAUGGAAAUGUCGAUAGGGACAUGAACCUGAAUGAUAAUGUUUGCCAGAAGGGCGAAAAGGUAUUGGAAAAUGGAGGUAAGGUGAAUUCUGGUAAAAUUGAGAAGGAAAUUAGAGAGCUUUAUGAAAGAUUGGAAGCACUUGAGGCUGAUCGGGAUUUUGUGAAGCGUACUUGUGUUCUGAUCCAUAAUGGGAAGGAUGGAUUGGACUCUACUGUACAACAGAAAGUUCUAUACAAGAAGAUUGUGGGGGAUAGAGAGGCAUUGGUGAGUACACUCAUCAUAAAGGAGAGGGACAUGAGAAAAUCCAUAAUUUGCCUAAUCAUAUACACUCAACUCUUAUGUGUAUAUAAACUUAAACUCAGCCCAUGUAAACUCAUCACAAUUCACAAUCACCACAUCCAUCUUCAUUAUCUUCAUCAUCUUCAUCUUCUAACAAUGGCGGACCUUCACUUGGCUCCUCUCCUCCUCCUCAUACUCCCACCACUCAUCUUCUUCAUCCUCGCCGGAAAACGAAACCCUCCCUCCUCCAAACUCCCCACCCGAUAUCCUCUACUCGGCUCCAUCUUCCACAUCUUGAAAAACCGAGACACGUUCGUCCCGUGGGUUUCCAACAUCCUACUCUCCACCCCCAACCUCACCUUCACCCUCCACCGCCCCUUCGGCCACCGCCAGGUCUUCACCGCCAACUCCGCCAACGUCUCCCACAUUCUCAAGUCGGCCUUCCACAAAUACCCCAAAGGCGACCUCCUCCGCGACACCCUCCGUGACCUCCUUGGCGACGGCAUCUUCAACGCCGACGGCGACAUCUGGAAGUUCCAGCGCCAGGUGUCGAGCCACCAGUUCAACACGAGGUCCCUCCGAAAGUUCGUCGAGCAGGUGGUCGACGUCGAGCUCGACUCCCGCCUCAUCCCAAUCCUCCAAAACGCCGCCGGAAAAUGGGACGCCGCUCUCGACAUGCAGGACGUUCUGCAGAGGUUCGCGUUCGACAACAUCUGUAAAAUCGCGUUCGGUUACGAUCCCGCUUACCUGGCGCCGUCCCUCCCGGAGGAGGAGUUCGCGCGAACUUUCGACGAGUCGCUACGCCUCACCGGGAAGAGGUUCAACACUUUUUUCCCCUUCGCGUGGAGAAUCAAACGGGCUCUCGGUGUCGGGACGGAGAAGGAACUUACGAUCAACGUCGCGAAAGUCCGAGAUUUCGCGAAGGAGAUAGUCAGGGAGAAGAAGACAAAGACAUGCUCAUCAUCAUCGUCAGCGGCGGAGGAUCUUCUGUCGAGAUUCGUGAGCUCCGGACAUUCGGACGAGGAUUUCGUGAUCGAUAUCGUGAUAAGCUUCAUAUUGGCCGGCCGGGACACGACUUCCUCGGCUCUAACGUGGUUCUUCUGGCUGAUUUCGAAGAAUCCGAGUGUGGAAGAGAAGAUUGUGGAGGAGAUUAAGGUAAACGAUUACGAGGCGGCGGGGAAGAACAAUGGAGAAUCUUGGUCGUCGAUUUCCGAGACGCGGAGCUUGGUUUACACGCACGCGGCAAUUUGCGAGUCGAUGAGGUUGUAUCCGCCGGUGCCGGUGAGCACGAAAACGGCGGGGGAGGACGAUGUGUUGCCGGACGGGACUCCGGUGAAGAAGGGGUGGAGGGUGAGCUACCACCCGUACGCGAUGGGUAGGGUGGAGGAGGUGUGGGGAGCCGACUGGCCGGAGUUCAGGCCGGAGAGGUGGCUGAGGAGGGAGGAGGAGGGUGGAGGGAAGUGGGAGUUCGUCGGAAAGGAUGCGUAUACUUAUCCGGUGUUUCAGGCGGGGCCGAGGGUGUGCAUGGGGAAGGAGAUGGCUUUCCUGCAGAUGAAGAGGGUGGUCGCCGGAGUUCUGCGGCGUUUCAGGGUGGCGCCGGCGGAGGGGAGUGGGGAGCCAGUGUACGUGGUGGAAGCCACUUCCAAGAUGAGAGGGGGUUUUAUGGUAAAGAUUGAAGAAAGGGUUGGUUUUUCGGGCGUACGUGGGUGA